AUGUCUAGCGAUACUAGUAAAAAACCUGAUGGUCCAAAUAAGUCGACCAAGAAACCAUUGAGAAGAAACUUUAGAAGAAAGACUAACAAGCCUAAAAAUACAGAUGACGCUACAUCAAAUCAAUCAUUGCAACAAAACAAAAAUAUAACCCCCACCAAAAGUGAUACAGCCCCUGUUGCAGAUAAUAAAAGGAAAACUGAACGUUCAACCAAGAAGACACCUGAACAUCAAUCCAAGAAAUCUUCUGAUAAGAAACCUUCAGGGAAAAAUGCACCUGAGAAGAAAGUAAAAAAUAAGAAUAAAAGUAAUAGAAGUAAUAAAAAUAAGUUACGUAAUAAGAUGAGGAAGGAUGUCGAUCAAGGCUUCAAGUUGGUAUUGAGACAUUUGCCUCCAAAUCUAACCAAUGAACAAUUCAUGGACAAUUUAAAACCUGUAAUCCAAGACAAAAAACUGGCAAUAUUCGGAAUAAUAGAUCACUAUUACCGUCAUGGAUCUUUGGCUAGCAAUUUAUUUGAAAAAUCUGUGUAUUCAAGGGCAUAUUUUACGUUUAACUCCAUGGAACAACUAAAAGAAUUUGGGAAUAGUGUGAGAAAUUUGACAUUCAUCGAUGAUAAAGACAAUGUAUCAAAUCCAGUCCUGAAAGUGUCACCAUAUGUGAAAAAGAUAGGUAACUCCAAUGUAACUAAUAGAAAGCAUAGUAAGAAGUUGGAAGGUACAAUUGAAAAUGAUCCAAUAUUUAAACGUUUCUUAAAAACAAUUAAGCUUAUGGAAGAGAAAGACGAUUCACCUUAUGCAUUUAACAACAUUAGUAUUUUCAAAUCAUUAGAGAAAGAAAUUGCGAAAGAGAAGAAACUGGAUGCAAUGAUAGAGAAAAAGACAGAAUUAGCUAUGAUUAAAUUAUCAGGUGUUGAUAUCAAUAAGAUGAAUGAAAAGAAGAAAAAGAAGAAAGAGAAGAAAGAAAAGGAAAAAGAAAGAAAGAAGGUAAAGAAGGCUCAUGAAGUCGAGAAUAGUAGUUCUGAAUCUAAAAAGAAGAAAAAGAAGGAAAAAGUAUCUAGAAGAAAAAACAAACAAAAGAAAGAUAAAAAUGUAGACAAAGAAGAAAUAAAUAAGAAUAUAGUCAUUUUGGAAGAGGCAGGUAAGAGAGAGUUGAAGAAUAGAAUGAAAAUACUGGAAGAAAGGGAGAAAGAAACCAUUGCAAAGGAAAAACGUCUCGAAAUGGUAAAUAAGGCAAGAGAAAAACAAAUGCUACUACGAAAGGCCAAAGAAGAGGCUAAUCGUACAAAUAAUGAAGAAACUACACCUAAAGCUCAAACCAUUCAAAUACUGCAACGCGAAGAUAAGUAA